GCCUAGGAGGAAAAAAAAGUUUUGCGUUCCCUUCCUCCCUCUUGCGGAGCGUCCUGUCACUGGUGGAAAAUGGCUGCUCGGAGCAGCUCCCUAAAGCUCGGAGAAAACURAAAACACAAGUCCACGUUUUUAAUUAUUGUUUUUAUAAGUCUCACUCGGCGCUUUUUUUUCCCCCCUCGCAAGAAAACCGACAACUUUGAGGACGCUUGGACUCUGAGACAUGUCUCGCUGGGUGCCUUCUAAGAAGGAAAAGUAUGGAGUUGCGAUCUAUAACUACGAUGCCCGGGGAGAAGAGGAGCUGUCGCUCCAGAUYGGCGACACAGUGCACAUUCUUGAAACGUAUGAAGGCUGGUACAGAGGUUAUAGGCUGAGGAGAAAAUCAAAAAAGGGCAUAUUUCCUGCUUGUUAUAUACACGUAAAAGAUGCCACGGUUGAGGGCAGCGGGCAAAAGGAGACCGUCAUUCCCACCGAGCUGCCCCUGGUUCAGGAGGUUACCACAACGCUGCGGGAGUGGGCCGCAAUAUGGAGGGACUUGUAUGUGGGGGACAAGCGCGAGAUGUUCAACUCUGUCCGCGACAUGAUCUACGACCUCAUCGAAUGGCGGUCCCAGAUUCUGUCUGGCACGCUCCCGCAGGACGAGCUGACGGAGCUCAAACAGAAGGUCACCUCUAAGAUAGACUAUGGGAACAAGUAUCUGGAUCUGGACCUGGUGGUCAGAGACAAAGAUGGAAACAUACUGGACCCAGACCUUACCAGCACCAUCAGCUUAUUCAGGGCACACGAAGCAGCCUCCAAGCAAAUAGAGGACCGGAUCCAAGAGGAGAAGUCUCAGAAGCAGAAUAUCGAUCUGACGAGGCAAGCCAAGUUUGCCUCCACGCCAGCGUUCGCCCUCUUUGUGACUCURAAGAACGUGGUGUGUAAGAUCGGCGAGGACGCAGAGGUGCUCAUGUCGCUCUACGAUCCGAUGGAGUCCAAGUUUAUCAGCGAGAACUACCUGGUGAAAUGGUCGAGCUCAGGUUUGGUGAAAGACAUCGACCAGCUUCAUAAUCUGCGGGCGGUUUUCACGGAUUUGGGCAGUGAAGAUUUAAAGAGGGAGAAGAUCAGCUUUGUGUGUCAGAUUGUCAGAGUUGGACGCAUGGAGCUGCGAGACAACAACACCAAGAAGCUGACUUUGGGUCUGAGAAGACCGUUUGGAGUGGCAGUAAUGGAUGUCACUGACAUCAUAACGGGCAAAAUGGAUGAUGAGGACAAGCAACACUUCAUUCCGUUUCAGCCGGUGGCGGGGGAGAACGACUUCCUCCAGACAGUCAUCAACAAAGUUAUCACCGCCAAAGAAGUCAAUCACAAAGGCCAAGGCCUGUGGGUGACUCUGAAGCUGCUUCCUGGAGACAUCCAUCAGAUAAGGAAGGACUUCCCUCACCUGGUGGAUCGAUCUACAGCUGUAGCUCGAAAAAUGGGCUUCCCUGAGAUAAUUAUGCCAGGUGAUGUCCGGAACGACAUCUACGUGACUUUGGUUCAGGGGGAUUUCGACAAGGGGAGUAAGACGACACCCAAAAACGUUGAGGUGACCAUGUCGGUUUACGAUGAAGACGGCAAGAAGCUUGAGAAUGUGAUUUUUCCUGGUGCUGGAGACGAGGGGAUGAGCGAGUACAAGUCUGUCAUCUACUACCAAGUGAAGCAGCCGCGGUGGUUUGAAACAAUAAAGGUUGCUAUUCCCAUUGAGGAUGUGAACCGGAGCCAUUUGCGGUUCACCUUCCGCCACCGUUCAUCACAGGACUCCAGAGAUAAAUCGGAGAAGACGUUUGCCUUGUCUUUUGUUAAACUGAUGCGGUAUGAUGGAACCACUCUGAGGGACGGUGAGCACGAUCUCAUCGUCUACAAGGCAGAACAAAAGAAGCUGGAGGACUCGUCUUUCUACCUAAAUGUCCCGUCCACCAAGCUGGAGCUGGAGGAAAAAGGCUACUCUGCCACCGGGAAAAGCACCCAGACCCUGGGGGCCUGCACCAUCAGCAAGGACUCCUUUCAGAUCUCCACUCUGGUCUGCUCCACCAAACUCACACAGAACGUCGACCUGCUUGGCCUGCUUAAGUGGCGCUCCAACACCAGCCUCCUCCAGCAGAACCUCUGUCAGCUGAUGAAGGUGGAAGGUGGCGAGGUGGUCAAGUUUCUGCAAGACACUUUGGAUGCUCUCUUCAACAUCAUGAUGGAAAACUCUGACAGUGACACUUUUGACACUUUGGUGUUUGAUGCGUUGGUGUUCAUAAUUGGACUUAUAGCCGACAGAAAGUUCCAGCACUUUAACCCCGUCCUUGAAACCUACAUCCGCAAACAUUUCAGCGCCACACUGGCUUACACGAAACUGACCAAAGUAUUAAAGAACUACGUGGACAAUGCAGAGAAGCUGACGGAGCAGCUGCUGAAGGCCAUGAAGGCUUUGGAAUACAUCUUCAAGUUCAUUGUGCGCUCCAGAGUCCUCUUCAACCAGCUCUAUGAGAACAAAGGAGAGGCCGACUUCAUGGAGUCCUUGAGGAACCUUUUCACAUCUUUUAAUGACAUGAUGAACAGUAAUUCAGAGAACACUGGCAUGGUGAAGGGCGCUGCACUAAAGUAUAUUCCUACUAUAGUCAAUGAUGUCAAGCUGGUCUUUGAUCCAAAGGAACUAAGCAAGCUUUUCACCGAGUUCAUCCUGAAAGUCCCUCAGGGUCGCCUGGUGAAACAGAAACUAGACUGUCUGAUUGACAUCGUCCACAGCGACCUCUUUACUCAUCACGAUUGCCGUGAGAUCCUUCUGCCGCUKAUGACGGAGCAGCUGAAGUUCCACCUGGAGAUGCGGGAGGAGCCGAAGGCUUGCUGCCAGCUGCUCAGUGACAUCCUGGAGGUGCUUUACAGGAAGGAUGUGGGUCCCACCCAGUGGCACGUGCAGAUCAUCAUGGAGCAGCUGCUGAGGACGAUUAACAGGACCGUCAUCUCCAUGGGCCGAGAUUCUCCUCACAUCGGCAGCUUUGUGGCCUGCAUGACUGCUACACUGAGACAGAUGGAUGACUAUCAUUACGCUCAUCUGAUCAGCACCUUUGGCAAGAUAAGGAGUGAUGUGGUGGAUUUCCUAAUGGAAACAUUCAUCAUGUUUAAAGAUCUCAUUGGGAAAAACGUCUACCCCUCCGACUGGAUCAUAAUGAACAUGAUGCAAAAUAAAGUUUUCCUUCGAGCUAUUAGUCAGUAUGCAGCAGUGCUGAACAAGAAAUUUCUGGAUCAAACCAACUUUGAGCUACAGCUGUGGAACAACUACUUUCACUUGGCUGUGGCCUUCCUCACCCAGGAGUCACUGCAGCUGGAGAACUUCUCAAGCGACAAGAGGACCAAGAUCUUUCACAAGUACCAAGACAUGAGGAGACAAAUUGGCUUCGAGAUCAGGGAUAUGUGGUACAAUCUAGGCCCCCACAAAAUCAAAUUCAUUCCCGAGAUGGUGGGUCCAAUUCUGGAGAUGACCCUGGUUCCUGAGAUCGAGUUGCGAAAGGCCACCAUCCACAUCUUCUUUGACAUGAUGCAGUGCGAGUUUCACUUCACAUGCAGCUUUCAACGUUUUGAGAACGAGAUCAUCACCAAGCUGGAUCACGAGGUGGAGGGGGGUCGCGGAGAUGAGCAGUACAAAGUUCUCUUUCAGAAAAUAUUGCUGGAGCACUGCCGGAAGCACAUGUACUUGGCCAGGACGGGCGAGACCUUUGUCACGUUGGUGGUGCGGCUGCUGGAGCGGCUGCUGGACUACAGGACCAUCAUGCAUGAUGAAAACAAGGAGAACCGCAUGAGCUGCACGGUCAACGUGCUCAACUUUUACAAGGAGAUUGACAGAGAAGAGAUGUACAUCAGGUACCUGUACAAGCUGUGCGACCUCCACAGAGAGUGCGACAACUACACUGAAGCUGCUUACACUCUGCUGCUACAUGCAAGACUACUCAAGUGGUCAGACGAGCCGUAUGCAGCCCACCUGACCCAAAGAGACGGCUACCAGGCUGCAACCCAAGGACAGCUCAAGGACCAACUCUAUCAGGAGAUUAUUAAUUACUUCGAUAAGGGCAAGAUGUGGGAGGAGGCGAUCAUUUUGAGCAAAGAACUGGCUGAACAGUAUGAGAACGAAGCAUUUGACUUUGAGCAGCUUAGUGCGUCUCUGCGGAAACAGGCCCAGUUUUAUGAGAACAUUGUGAAGGUUAUCCGGCCUAAACCAGACUACUUCGCUGUGGGCUACUAUGGAAUGGGGUUCCCCUCUUUCCUACGUAACAAAAUGUUCAUCUAUCGAGGGAAGGAAUACGAACGCUGGGAGGACUUUGUAGCACGACUCCUCACACAGUUUCCCAAUGCCGAGAAGAUGAAGACGACGACACCGCCCAGCGAAGACACUACCAACUCCCCUGGACAGUACCUUCAGUGUUUCACAGUUAAACCCCUCCUAAACCUGCCUGCCAAGUUUCAAAACAAGCCUGUCCCCGAACAAAUCGUCAGCUUCUACACAGUAAAUGAAGUUCAUAAAUUCCAGUAUUCCAGGCCAGUGAGGAAGGGAGAAAAGGACCCUGACAAUGAGUUUGCGAACAUGUGGAUUGAGAGGACCACGUACGCGACGGCGUACAAACUUCCAGGCAUACUACGCUGGUUUGAAGUCAAGUCAGUUUCCACGGAGGAGAUCAGUCCCUUGGAAAAUGCCAUGGAAACGAUGCAUCUAACCAACGAGAAGAUCAACAACAUGGUUCAAAGGCACCUGAAUGAUCCCAACCUGCCCAUCAACCCCCUCUCCAUGCUGCUGAAUGGGAUCGUGGAUCCAGCUGUGAUGGGAGGUUUCGCCAACUAUGAGAAGGCCUUCUUUAACGACAAAUACAUGCUGGAGCACCCGGAGGACCUUGAGAAGAUAGAAAAACUGAAAGAUCUUAUCGCCUGGCAGAUCCCACAUCUCGCCGAAGGCGUGCGCAUCCACGGCGAGAAGGUCACCGAGGCGCUCAGGCCUUUCCACGACCGCUUGGAGGCCUGCUUCAAACAGCUGCGAGAGAAGGUGGAGAAGCAGUACGGGGUGAAGACUCUGUCGACAGCAGACGAACGACGGGGAUCUCGUCCUCCCUCCAUGGUGCGCUCGUUCACCAUGCCCUCCUCCCAAAGGCCUCUGUCGGUCGCUUCAGUCASCUCCAUCUCCUCAGACAACUCCCCCUCCAGACCGGGCUCAGACGGGUUUAACUUGGAGACUCUUCUACCAAAGAAGCUACACACCAAGUCUCAGGACAAACUGGACCGGGACGAGCCUGAAAAGGAGCGCAAGGAGAAGAAGAAGGAGAAGAGGAACAGUAAGCAUCAGGAGAUCUUCGACAAAGAACUGAAGACGCACGAGAUCAGUCUGCAGCCGACUGAAGCGGUCAUACUCUCAGAGACGAUCAGCCCCCUGCGGCCUCAAAGACCAAAGAGUCAAGUUCUCAACCCGAUGGCGGUAGACCGUCGUCUCUCUGUGUCUCCUGCACAUUCUUCUGCAUCCAUCAACCACUCCUCCUCCUCCUCCUCCUCCUCACAAGGACCCCCGCCCAUUGCACCGAGGAACAAAAGCUCCUUGAGCCUUCACACUGGUUCUAAUCUGGAGCUGAACGGGAUGGGCUGCCCUGACAAGGGUGAAAUCCCCCCUCCGCUGCCGGUGAAAGGCAUCACGUCGGAUUACGGCAACCUGUUGGAUAAUCAAGACUUGGCGAGCCCCUCGACGCCCCCGCCGCCCCCACCACAUCAAAGACACAUUCCACCYCCUCUUCCAAGCAAGACCCCUCCUCCACCUCCUCCCAAGACCACCAGGAAGCAGGUCUCCAUCGAUUCAGGAAUUGUACAGUAAACAAAGACAGCAGGACCAAACAGCACUCUUGACAACAAAACCAAACCAACAUCGACAGUAAACAUUCCCGCAGAAGACAAAAGAGUUGUUUUCACCCACACGUUCCUCACUCCCUGUCCCAGCUUGACAAGAUGAAUACCUCACUGCAGCCCACCCCCUCUUAUCAUCUUUAACGCUUACAGUUCUUCUUCUCUCUUUCUGUUUGACGAUGCUGUCCGCAGCCGCCGAGCUCGACGAUGUCGUCCACAGCCUCCAGAUUUUUAACCCUGACUUUCUCUCACGUUUAUCCGACCGGACGACUCAUUAAAUCAUUACACAUGUCUUUUUAUUCUUAUUCCCAUCAUGUACAGAGGUAUGUAUAUAUGAUUUUAUUUUAUUUCAGGUGUUUUUGUACACUGUUUGACCAUGACGUUUUUUUUGUAUUAACGUAUCAUUAGAUGAAGUGGCAUUUAUAUGAAACACAGAGAAAAAAGGGCCCGUAGGUUUGAAGUGACGAAUGAUUUUAGAGAACUGGGAUGUGAGAACCUUACGUUUGGAGUGCACAUCCGACUAACUGUUCCGACCUUGUCCUUUCAUGCUGUAACCUUGGAAUUCAACAAUAUUGACUGUUACCAGUUCACUACUGACAUGACUUUUUGAAUAAACUUUAAAAUGUAUAUAUUUAAAAAUCUA